CAAGCAUCAUGUCGACAACCCGCUUGCCCAACGUCCCUGCGCUUCGGAAACAGCAGCUUCUCCUAGAAUUCGCAAGCUUGCAACAUGCCGCUCCUCCGGGAACUUACAUGAGCCUCAGCCCGGGCGAUCCAACGCUUUGGUUGGGAGUCAUCUUUGUUCGCUCUGGCCCCUAUGCCUCCGCCGUCCUCCGCUUCCAGAUCCGUUUCCCCACGUCCUAUCCCGAUAUGCCUCCUCUAGUGAACUUCGCCACUGACGUCUUCCAUCCCUUAAUCGUCCCCCUCACCACAUACACAUUCAGCACCGGUGCCUCAAGCGAGGAUCCAGUCAGCGCAACAGACGAAGAGCGGCUACCCCCUGGCGGGUUCAGUCUGCGGCACGGGUUCCCGCACUGGUUCGGCCGCGCAAAGCGAGCUGGAUUACAAUCCGCCACUCCGCCUAGAGAGACCGCCAGUGUGCGUAAUUCGACUGCUACCAGCGAUGGGGUAUCCAACACCCUAUGCAGGGAAAGCAUGUCCGGGGAUAACGGCCCCGCCGCUGAACCAACGGAGCCUCAGUCGAAAGAAGAGGACGAAAAUGAGAAUGAGGACGAAGGCGAGGCCGUCGCCCCGUCGUCGGUAGAGAAACCGGUCGAGCCUAGGAAGACCGUCCCUGUAUCAGAGCUGCUGGAUUACAUUCGGUCUACGUUCGAUAAUGAGACGGUUCUCGAUUCUUUACCGCUGGAAGCAGCUGGAAACCCGAGUGCGUGGCAUGCGUGGAAGGCUCAUCGGAAGGGAAGCACUGCUUCUGCAUCGAAGAAGGGGAGCCCGCAGGCGAGGUCCCCUGGAGACUGGCAUUGGGAUGGGAUCUGGGCCAGACGGGUGCAGAACGAGAUUGAGGCUAGUAGUUCGGAUGCGAUGUUGUAUGGAAAUGCGACGCGGGGAGGAGUCGAAGAGAUGAUCCGAUUCAGCCGCCUCGACGAAUCCACCCUGGCAUCAGUCAAAGAGAUGAUGAUUCCACGCACAGAGGCAGUGCGCGAGUAAUUCAAUAUACCCUUAAUAGAAUCGAUCGUGGCUCAGUUGACCUGACCUGAUAUCAUACAUAAUCAAAAAAGUCAUUAAUCAAGGCUGUCAUAAUGACCCUUCCAU